UAACCCCACCCUUCCUGUUGCGGGCACGCCGCCCAAACCCACAACUCCCAAAUCCCACACGCUCGCCUGCGUCUUCUCCAGAUUUGGCGACUCCACCAACGAAGCAACGCCGCCAGAUCGGAGGGGCCCGAUCUCGCUGCCCGGCCUUCCUUCCCCAGGGACAUGGGAAUGGAGGUUGUUGGAGCUGAACCCGCACCAGCACAGGUUAAAGUAGCUGAUGGAGAAGUGAACCUUUUUCAAGACAAGGAAAGUAAAGCAACAGCAAAGGAACGUGAGGAGGCAGCUGUUUUUGGUUCAGACAAUGGCAAAGCUGCAGCAAAUGCCACAAAUGACAUGGCACCUCCAAAGGACGCAGUGGACGAGUGGCCUGAACCUAAGCAAACCCACACCCUCUACUUCAUCAAGGUCCGAUCAUUUGAGGACCCUAAGCUGAGAGCAAAACUUGAGCAAGCUGACAAGGUCUUCCAAAAUGAGAUCCAAGUUCGUGGCAAGAUUUUUGAGGCUAUAAAAGCCAAGAAGGUUGAGCGUUCCAGUAUUAUCACGGAGUUGAAGCCACUGAGUGCUGAGAACAGGCAAUAUAAUAAAGCAUUUACUGAGAAGGUGGAGGAAAUGAAACCUUUUACAAACCGUUUAGGCAAGUUCCGCGAUGAAAAUAAUGCUAUGAGGGCGGAGGGUGCAGGUUUAUGCUCUUCGAUCGAAGAGCUUGAGCAAACGAUCAAGAAAUUGAACGACCGCAUAUGUCACGAGAGCAUAUCCUUAGACGAGGAGAAGAAGUUGAUCAAAGAAAUUAAGAUUCUUGAAAAAACUAGACCGAAGGUCACUUCCAAUGCUGCUAAGAGAGCUAAAAUGCAAGAUGCGGUGGUUGAAAGAGAUGCCAUACAAGAUCAGGUCAAAAUCAUUGGGGAAGGCAUUGAUGGAGUGAAGAAGGAGCGACAAACAGUCAGAGCUAAGAUUAAGGUCCUGGAGGACGAGCUGAAGGUUGUUGAUGCUGAGAUUAAUUCGCUUCAAGAAGAUUUAAAUGUAGCUUCUGCCAAAAAGGAUAAGGCGUAUGCGACAUUGAAUGAAUUGAGACAAGCGCGUGAUGCUAACAACGCAUCCUUCCAUCAAAACCGCGCAGUUUUGAUCAAAGCUAGGGAUUAUUCUUCUCGGAAUCAGGCAGAAGAAUUGCAAGAGCUCCACAAGACUGAGGUCGAGAAGUUCAUGGCACAGUGGUGCAGCAGCAAGACCUUUAGAGAUGACUAUGAGAAGAGGAUCCUCUCCUCCCUCAAUGCCCGACAGCUGACCCGCGAUGGUCGGAUGAGGAAUCCUGAUGAGAAGCCCAUAUUUAUCGAAACACAACAGUCAGCACCACCUGUGGAACACGAGCCUGUCCCAGUAAAAAUGCCUUCAAAACAAGCAAAGGAAGCUGCUGCGCCACAAGCUCUUGCUCCCAUAGAUGAGCCAUUUGCAAAAGCAUCUGCCAAGUCAGCGAAGAUAAAAGCUGAUGUGGAAGCUGAUGAUGCCUAUGAGGCUGAGCCUCCAAAGGAGAAGCCAAAGCCUAAAGAGGUUGAUGCAGCCAAGUUAAAAGAGAUUAAGAGACAGGAGGAAAUCGAGAAGAAUAGACUUGCUUUGGAAAGGAAGAAAAAGCAGGCUGAGAAGCAAGCAGCGAAGGCUGCAGCCCGAGCACAAAAGGAAGCUGAGAAAAAGCUUAAGAAAGAGGAGAAGAAAGCAAAGAAGAAGACUGGUGCAGGUGAUACUGAUGAACCAACUGACUCUGACACCAAGUCUGAUGAAGCAGCGGACACCCCAGGUGAGGAUGAGUUGGCUCCAGUUUCUGCCACAGUGAACAAAGAACAGAAGGAGAGUGUCCGGUACAGAAGUGCUGUUACCAAGAGCAAGGCCCCGCUGCCGAAGGCAAUUUUGAAGAGGAAGAAAGGCCAGUCGUACAUGUCAUGGGCUACCCCAGCUGUUGCCAUAGCCGUGGGUGCCGUGCUGGUCGCCCUGCUCGCGGUGCUGGGCUACUACCAGUACUACCGCCCGGCAAGCACUAGCAACUGAUUGAAGGAAAGGCCUGUGCACCUGGCGCCCUCUCGAGUAUGAUGCUUAUGGAUCAAUUUUGCAGGUGAGAGCAACAGAGUGCAUGGUCUCCUGAGACCUGAACUGAAAAACCGAGAACCUAUUAGUUUCUGUUCUGUUAGUUUGUUCGGUAGAGUCGGAGAAAAGUUGCUGUUAAUUUUGGUUGGGACUUCAACUCUAUACUGCGAGUGAUCUCAUGUACUUUAAAGUGAAGUAUAGAUUUCCGUCUGAAAUAAGUAUGCACGUAAACAUGCUGUUUGUGCA